GCUGUCGACAAAAUAAGUUGUCAAGUGAAGAAUAUUUUUUUUUUUCUUUCGGAGGAAAUUGAAUUCGUAAGACGGGACAAGCGAGAUGAACCCAACUGGACCAAAUCCGGAUUUUAGUGAUCUAGGCUUAGACCUGGAAGGGCAACCCAUUAAUAACAUUGUAAACAAUGUGAACGGGACGUCUGAGGAUGACCCAUCACGGGGAUCACAUCUUAUGGAUUUUCUUUCAAGUUUGGAGUUUAAUGAUCAAGGACAAACCGGAAAUAAUAUUGUCAGCAACUCAACUAUAGAUUACAGCACAUAUGAUUCCCGUGUGCAGGAUGUAAAUGAGAUGUUGGCCGGAGACUUCACUUGGGGAGGAGAAUGUUUUUUCGAUCGGCCUCCAGAGUUUGAGUUUCCAGAUCCAUUUGCAACCAAUAUUGUUGCAGAGAAUGGCAACCAACCAGAAGAAUAUCACAAUUAUCAAACACAGCUAGCGGACUUCAAUGAGACAUUCGAUGAAAAUCUGAUGUGGGAAUCACUAAAUCUUAUGGAACUGCCUCCAAAUUUCGAGAUUAAAGAUCAAAUCCCAACCGAAUAUAAUAUUGACACAGUGAAUGUUAAGCAACCCAUCGAAAAUUCCACUAAUGAUGGCCAACUGCAGGAAGAAAUGCUAUGGCUAUCACAAAAUCUGACUUCCACUAAUGAUGGCCAACUGCAGGAAGAAAUGCAGAAUCUGACUUCAAGUUAUAAGAUGAUCGAUGCAGAGCAAUUCCAAAAUAAUAAUGUCAACAAUUCACCAAUUCAAAAUACUAUUUCCGAGGCCCAAUUGCAGACAGUGAAUGAUGUCACAUUGACCGAAGAAAAUCUUAUAAAUCAGACUCCAAGUUAUAAGAUCAAUGUCAACAAAUCACCAAUUCAAAAUACUAUUUCCGAGGCCCAAUUGCAGACAGUGAAUAAUGUCACAUUGACCGAAGAAAAUCUUAUAAAUCAGUCUCCAAGUUAUAAGAUCAAUGAUCAAGAAAACGUUGAAAUGGAAAACAAUAUUAUCACCAAGUUAUCAAACGAUAAUACUUCCUCUGAAUACCAAUUACAGAAUGAUGGAACAUUCGGCGAAGAUCUGUCAGUUGCCACUCAAAAUCUAAACGAACUCACUUCGAGCAACGAUCCCAAACAGACGGAAAAUAAUGGAGUCAUUAUGUUCCCAAUAUAUAAUACCUCACUCACUUCAAGCAGCGAUCCCGAACAGAUGGAAAAUACUGAAGUCAUUAUGUUCCCAACAGAUAACACCAUUGAUGAGGCCCAAGUACCGGAGGAAAACGUGAUGAAUCCAUCACACAUCCUUAUCGAUCUGACGCCAAGUUUUGUGAUCAAUGAUCCUCGCAUAUCGACUGAGAUCGGUACGAUCUUUGAUUUGCCCAUUCAGUACACUUCGGAGCAAAUCAUGAAUAUGGAGGUGGUUCUUUGGGAGGAUAUGUUUCCGAAUGUACCCUCAAACUUUGGGCAGACAGAUUAGAAAGGAUGAAGAAUGAGAAUGAUUGAAGGAAAAUGUUUAUAUUAAUAACAAUUUUU